AUGGCUCUCAGUCUCAGAGUUGCGAAUGUAAACCUAGGGUUUGAGUCAUGUUCCCGUUCAGCUUUUUUUUCACCUCGUAAACAAUAUAAUAGCUUUGUGUUUCGGUGCUCUCAAGUUCAGCAAUUAUCCAUUUCAGAAGAAUCUGAGAACUCACUCAUCGACGCUCUCGUUGGUAUCCAAGGACGAGGACGUUCUUCUUCUCCCAAUCAACUCAAUGCUAUUGAGCGUGCUAUUCAAGUUCUGGAGAGUUUAGGGGGUGUGUCUGAUCCUACAAAUUCUAGUUUGAUUGAGGGUCGCUGGCAGCUCAUUUUUACUACAAGACCUGGAACAGCAUCGCCUAUUCAGAGAACAUUUGUUGGGGUUGAUUUUUUUAGUGUAUUUCAAGAGGUUUAUCUUCGAACGAAUGAUCCACGCGUAUGCAAUAUUGUAUCAUUUUCUGAUGCCAUUGGUGAGCUCAAAGUGGAGGCAGCAGCGUCCAUCAAAGAUGGAAAAAGAAUCCUUUUUAGGUUUGACAGAGCUGCCUUUUCUUUUAAAUUUCUUCCAUUUAAAGUUCCAUAUCCAGUUCCAUUUAAGCUACUUGGAGAUGAAGCAAAGGGUUGGUUAGACACCACAUACUUGUCGCAUUCUGGAAACCUUCGCAUCUCAAGAGGAAAUAAGGGAACCACAUUUGUGUUGCAGAAGCAAACUCAACCUAGACAAAAGUUAUUAACCGCAAUUUCGUCGGGGGUGCGUGUUACAGAGGCAAUAGAUGAACUCAUUUCCUUAAAUAAGAAAUCUGAGGAUAAAGAACCAGAACUAGAAGAGGGUGAGUGGCAGAUGAUAUGGAAUUCACAGACUGUGACGGAUAGUUGGUUAGAGAAUGCUGCCAAUGGUUUGAUGGGAAAGCAGAUUGUUGGGAAGAAUGGACGAAUAAAGUAUGUGGUUGAUAUCUUGCUUGGGCUGAAGUUCUCCAUGACUGGAAAUUUUGUAAAAAGCGGCCCAAAAGUGUAUGCGGUUACAAUGGAUGAUGCAGCCAUAAUUGGGGGCCCAUUUGGAUAUCCGCUAGAACUUGGCAAGAAGUUCAUCUUGGAGAUUUUAUUCAGUGAUGAGAAGGUCAGAAUUAGCAGUGGAGACAAUGGAAUUAUUUUUGUACAUGUUCGCAAUGCAUAG